UUCUUCCCUUUUUUUUUUUUGUAGGCUGCAGAGACAGCUAGCUUGGAAGAGCAGUUGCAAGGAUGGGGAGAAGUGAUCUUGAUGACUGAUAAAGUUCUUCGUUGGGAGAGAGCCUGGUUUCCUCCAGCACUGAUGAGUGUUGUUUCAUUUUCUUUCCUGAUGAUCUACUACUUGGAUCCAUCUGUUCUUUCAGGCGUCUCCUGCUUUGUUAUGUUCAUCUGUUUGGCUGAUUAUCUUGUUCCUGCUCUUGCACCCAGAAUCUUUGGCUCCAACAAAUGGACUACAGAACAGCAGCAAAGAUUCCAUGAGAUUUGCAGCAAUUUGGUCAAAUCUCGUCGCCGAAUUGUUGGGUGGUGGAAACGUCUUUUCGCGCUGAAGGAAGAGAAGCCUAAAAUGUACUUCAUGACCAUGCUUUGUUCUCUUGCUGUGGUUGCCUGGAUUGGACAGCAGGUUCACAACCUCUUUCUGACAUAUCUUAUUGUAAGUUUCUUGCUGCUGUUUCCUGGACUGAACCAGCAUGGGAUCAUUACAAAGUAUGUUGGAAUGGCAAAAAGGGAAAUAAACAAACUGCUCAAGCACAAGGAGAAGAAAAAUGAGUGAAGACUUAAGUGCUGUUUGCUCUUGUAGAAGGUUUUCUUGGGAACAGUUUUGUGAAUUGAUGUAUAAUUAAGAUAAUAGAAGUUGUAUUGCUCACUGGCUUACCUUUUUUUAUUGGCUCCAAUGAGUUGAAAAUGUCACUCUAGCAUCUGCUAUGGGUUUGUCUCUCUUGUAGGGUUCUGUAUCUGAUUUCAUAUGAAAGAUCUUAACCUUUGACAUGUGGAGCUUAAAUUCUUCACCAAUUUAAGAGGCCUCAUAAGUACCCUGUCUCAAAAACUUACUGCAAUUGAUCACAGCAUUUCCAUACCUGUUAGCUUCACCAGUUAAUGGUUUAUGGUUACAGCAAGUACAAAGGCGUUCUGAAAGCUUGCACUUCUCAGCAGCUUGUUACUACUGAGUCUUGUGGAAAGAAGACAAACUGAAUAAAUGAUGGUAGUUGAGCGUGCCUGCCCUCACGUGGGGCAGGAGGUGGUCCUGUUAUCUCACUGAAUGUUUGCUUUCUGUGGCAGCAUAUGCCAGACUGCCUGCUGAACUGGGAUCUGGAGUACAUAGAUUUCUGGUAGAGUUAUUUAGCUGUAGUACAAACUUCAGUUUGUUGCACUGAGACUGUAGAGAGCGAGUUAAGGUGUGUGUGUGACCUUAAUAGCUGACUGUUCUAAGAACUGCUGUCAUGGAGCCAUGUAGCACGUUUGGUUUUAUGAAUGUUGUCUGUGUACAAAAUCACUCUGGAUGCACUUGGUCUGUCUGUUGUAAAUAAGGCUGAGUGCUCUGCUUUUCUAUCUCCUCCCCUCCUUUUUUUUAAAAACAAACAAACUUUUUUUUUCUUUGAAAAGCUAAAACCUGUGUUAAUGCAUUUUAAAAGUUUACUGUUUUAAAAUGAAGUCUCCUCAGUGUAUUGUAACUGUUGAGUAGGUAAAUAUAGACUAAUGAGAAACUUC